GACUCCAUCACGUGACAGCCUCCGGUUCAGCCGCUGCUUCCCGGUGCUGCGGAGAGACUUCAGGAGCCCGGUUGUCUUCGGAGAACACCGUCAUGUCCCCGGUAGUUCACAGGUCUCUCGGGCCGGAGGAGGAUUCCUGAGCCACCGGCAGCUAACGAUGCUAACAGCCCAGUGAGUCCGUCCAGAUAGCCGACGUGUGGUUCACUCCAGCAGAGUUUUUUUUCGUCUUCACUUCCUCAAACAGCUUCAACAUGACUCCCGAGGGGAAGAAGCUGCUGAACAUCAUCAUCCUGGGCUUCGGCUUCAUGUUCAUGUUCACUGCUUUUACAACAUGUGGAAACAUCGAGCAAACAGUUCUGAAGAGCUUCAACAGCACCGAGUUCCACGGGAGCGGAUACACCAGCAUGGCCAUCAUCUAUGGAGUUUUCUCUGCGUCCAACCUCAUCGCUCCGUCAGUGGUGACCAUCAUCGGACCACAGCUCUCCAUGUUCUUCAGUGGGCUUCUGUACAGCGGCUACAUCGCUAUGUUCAUCUACCCGUACACGUGGAGCUUCUACACAGCGUCCGUGCUGGUUGGAGUAGGAGCAGCAGUGCUCUGGACGGCGCAGGGAAACGUGCUCACCAUCAACUCCACUGACAACAACAUGGGCAGAAACAGCGGCAUAUUCUGGGCUCUGCUGCAGUGCAACAUGUUCUUUGGAAACCUCUACAUAUACUUUGCCUGGCAUGGACACGUUCACAUCACAGACAAAGACCGGCAGACGGUUUUCAUCUCUCUGACGGUGAUCAGCCUGGUCGGCUGCUUCCUCUUCUUUCUGAUCCGGAGGCCGGACCCCGAGUCGUCCACCCCCGAGGUCACAGAGUCGCUGCUGCAGGCCGAGUCCACAGAGACUUCCACUGACACCUCACCUCACUCCGGCCUCUGCUCACAGGCUCUGGAUGCUUUCAUUCAAGCUUGUAAGAUCUUUGUCACCAAAGAGAUGCUGCUGCUGAGCUUCACCAUCGCAUACACAGGCUUGGAGCUCACGUUUUACAGCGGCGUGUACGGGACGUGUAUCGGCGCCAUGACGAGGUUCGGCAAAGAUGCAAAGAGUCUGAUUGGCAUCUCUGGGAUUUUCAUCGGCAUCGGCGAGAUCUUGGGAGGGGGCGUGUUUGGGAUGCUGAACAAGAACAACCGGUUUGGGAGGAACCCGGUGGUGCUGCUGGGACUCAUCACUCACUUUGUGGCUUUCUACCUGAUUUUCCUGAACAUUGCCAGCGACGCUCCGCUGGCCCCGGAGGAGGGAACCGACCUGCAGGCCUUCAUCACCCCGAGCGUUGCCGUGGCGAUGCUCUGCAGCUUCCUGCUGGGUUUGGGCGACAGCUGCUUCAACACGCAGCUGCUCAGCAUCAUCGGCGUCACGUUCCGAGACAACAGCGCUCCAGCCUUCGCCGUCUUCUUUUUCAUCCAGUCCAUCAUGGCCGCUCUAGCCUUCUUCUACAGUAACUACCUGCUGCUGCACUGGCAGCUGCUCAUCCUGGUCCUGUCGGGUUUUCUGGGCACGAUAUCGUUCUUCGUGGCCGAGUCCAGCCGGCGGGCAUCCGACUACGACAGCAUCUGAUCUGCUCCCGGUGAGGAAGAGGAGGGCACAGCAGGGUUUGGCUCGUGCCUGAGAGACAGAAGAGUCCGUCUUCGUUCACGAUAACAAAACCUUCACUUUUAUCUGUAUGUUUUAUUUCACUUUGCCACAGAGCUGCUGCCGCGGCUGCAGAUUCACUCUUUUCUUUUUAAUCUCCAGCGUUGUACGAACAUUCCCCCCCCCAUCCUCUCUCCUGUCACUCUGAUGCUGAACACGGGCGAGUCCACGUGUCGUCUUGUCUCAUGUUGUGGUGCAAAAAACAAAUGAUGCUGUAGUUUUUUUAUUCUCUCUUUAAAGUGUCAUGCUCUGAAUGACAUCACAUAUUUUGGGUAAAAGUCAAAUAAAACACGAGGCUUUUGGUUUGCACACGUUUUAUUUUAUGUCCCAAAUCAAAUCUCCAGGAUAUUAAGGGAACUGCAUGUGAAUUUUGAAGAUGAUUUUAUACUUGAAUGUAAUAAUGACCCCCCAACCUUCGCUUGCUUGUUUUUAUCACCAAUAAAAUGUCAUUUUAAACAUAAA